GAGGAGCCGUCGCAGGAUGAAGGAUCGGACCCAGGAGCUGCGGAGUGCAAAAGACAGUGAUGAUGAAGAGGAGGUGGUCCACGUGGACCGAGACCACUUUAUGGAUGAGUUCUUCGAACAGGUGGAGGAGAUUCGAGGCUGCAUUGAGAAGCUGUCGGAAGACGUGGAGCAGGUGAAAAAACAGCAUAGCGCCAUCCUGGCCGCCCCCAACCCAGAUGAGAAGACCAAACAGGAGCUGGAGGAUCUUACUGCAGACAUCAAAAAGACGGCCAACAAGGUCCGGUCCAAGUUGAAAGCGAUUGAGCAAAGCAUUGAACAGGAAGAGGGGCUGAACCGUUCCUCCGCGGACCUGCGCAUCCGCAAGACCCAGCACUCAACACUCUCCCGGAAGUUCGUGGAGGUAAUGACCGAGUAUAAUGCGACUCAGUCCAAGUACCGAGACCGCUGCAAGGACCGGAUCCAGCGGCAGCUGGAGAUCACCGGCAGGACCACGACCAACGAAGAGCUGGAGGACAUGCUGGAGAGCGGGAAGCUGGCCAUCUUCACGGACGAUAUCAAAAUGGACUCCCAGAUGACAAAGCAGGCCCUAAAUGAGAUCGAGACGAGACACAAUGAGAUCAUCAAACUGGAAACCAGCAUCCGAGAGCUGCACGACAUGUUUGUGGACAUGGCGAUGCUCGUGGAAAGCCAGGGAGAGAUGAUUGACCGUAUCGAGUACAACGUGGAACAUUCCGUGGACUAUGUAGAGCGAGCCGUGUCUGACACCAAGAAAGCUGUGAAAUAUCAGAGCAAGGCCCGGAGGAAGAAAAUCAUGAUCAUCAUUUGCUGUGUGGUGCUGGGGGUGGUCUUGGCGUCAUCCAUUGGGGGGACGCUGGGCUUGUAGUCCCCCUGCCCUUCUCUCUCCCAGAUCCUCCCCCCUUCAUAUCGGGAGCAAUACCCCCCCCACCUUCCCACUCCAUCCCCCUGCUCCAAGCUCUCCC